UGCACCACUCCGCCACUAGACAACCGAGCGCUCCUCUCCGACGCACUGCAGGCCGCCAUGGCUCUCCACCGGACCAGCGUACUCAACCAGAUGGAUUACGGCCGCGAGGCUAAAGAAGGGAAGCCCGCUCCGUCGACGGAGGAGCGGCUGGACAGCGGCCUGGACUCCCUGAAGGAGGAGGAGUACCAGGCCGUGGCCGCAGAGAUCCGGCAGCUGCAGCUGGAGCCGGAGCCGCCGCAGCGCAGACCCGCUGCGCCCGGAGAGCUGCAGGAGUGGAAGACACAAACCACGGAGGACGGAGACACGCUGCUCCACCUGGCCAUCAUCCACGAGGCCAAGGACUACAUCAGAACCAUGAUAGACCUGUCCAAGAACACAGACUUCCUCAACACACAAAAUGACCAGAGACAGACUCCUCUCCACCUAGCAGUGAUAACGAACCAGGCGGACGUGUGCGAGCGCCUGCUGGUGGCCCACUGCGAUCCCACACUUGUGGACGACAGCGGGGACACGGCUCUUCACAUCGCCUGUCGCCACGGUAACCUGCUGUGCUUCAGCGUCCUCACACAGAACUGUUUGCCGGAGCAUCUUCACACGGUGAUGGCUGCCUGCAACUUUCAAGGUCAGAACUGCCUCCACCUGGCCUCAGUUCAGGGCUUCCUGUCACUGGUGGAGAACAUGGUGGACCUAGGAGCUGACAUUAACGCAAAGGAGCAGCGGAACGGUCGCAGUGCGCUGCACCUGGCCGUUGACCAGCAGAAUUUCUCGCUGGUCAAACUGCUGCUGAAGAAAGGAGCGGACCCCAACCUCCUGACCUCCGGGGGCCACACCCCCUUCCACCUCACCUACGGCCGCAACGACGACGACAUCAGGAAAGAGCUGUACUCGCUGACCAACCCCGACCUGCGGGAGCUGCCCGACAGCGAGUCGGACGACAGCGAGGAAGAGGAGGAGGAGGACGACGAGUCCGAUGAGGAGGUGGGAUAUGACGACAUACAGUGGAAUGGACAUUAGCAGGAAACUGGAGGAGGAGGAAGUUACAGAGGCAGGAGGAUGCGAUGUUGACGGUAAAGGACAAGAGAAAAGGGCUUUGCACGUCUACUACUUCCUGCAACGACGUCACACAGGCUCGUCAGCGCGGGGCCGGAAACGGCGCGGCUGACGGGGCCGAUGGACAGGCAGCAGCAAGGAGUCCGGUCCAGGCCACGGGAGAGCGAACACGCCGAGCUGUGAAUACACGACGGCGGGAUGAGUUUUGCUGUAAGACGAGAGGAUUGCUUGCAUUCAAUGGACACCGCAGAUGAUUUGUCACAAAAAAAACAACAACAUCCAUCCACACAGAUGUACCUGCAACAGCUCUGUUGUAUGAUAUUGUAAAUGCUGUGUAUACAAAGAUGUAUUUUUUAUGGAAGCUGUGAAUGUGUACAGUUGAGCAGGUUGUAUAUGUCAGGCAGCGAACAGUCCAGCACACUCCAGUUAAAUUAAAGACACUCAUAUUUAACAGUAAAAUCUCUGUGUGAAUAUGUUUAUGGGGGAUGGGUGACAUGAGGGAUGGCAUGUGAUCGGAAAAUUGCACAACUGUCAUAAUAUUGGUGAUAUUUGCAAAAGAAUGCUCAUCCAGAGCCAAACGUAUAAUCGGCAGCGCCUGACGAUAUUACAAGGCUGCAAUUAUACAAGACAUUACUUCCACCAUGUGCCUUUCUGCUGCCGUCAGUAUGUCUGUGCUUUUAUAAAUGACUCCACCGAGUUUCAGUUCGUUGUCCUAACGCAUGUCAUGCAGGAAAGGGCAGAUAACUUGUUUCCACUGAAUGAGGAACUGACAGCCAAUUGAGCCUGCGACAGUUCCUCGUACUGUGUGUGUGUGUGUGUGUGUGCGCGCAGACAGAGAUAAGAAGGAUAAGGGGAAUUAUGGGGCUGAUUGCUCAGUUAUCUAAAUCAGGAAGUUUUUGGAGAGGCGGGGCUAAAGAGGAAGGGACAGGAAAUCCCCAGGAACAGAACACUCAGCUGUUCACGACAUUCCUGCUUCUCAUUCCUACUAAGAAGGGAAUGUCCGCGGAACAACAGGAUGCUUCAGUCAAGCUCAGGUCGGAGGGAAGGAAGGGAGUUUUACUCCAGUUCCAGGAAGAAGAAAAAAAUAUUAAGUGUCAACUGUUUAACUGCUAAUUACGCAAAAGAAAGUCUAUGAUCAUUGUGUUGGCUUUGCACACUGCAGCUUUUAACCAACAAUGGAGAUGUAACGUAACUUUAUAAUAGCUGUUUAUCCAAACUAAAUAUAUAUAUUUGAAAUAUUUGCAAGGCCUUUUAAACGUGCUGAAAUUCUUGUGUAGACACCACAAACAUUUCCCAAUAAAACAGUGUUCAUGGUUUGAUAUAUGGAUUCAAAGAGCUGUAUACAUGUGGUCUUUGGGGGUUUACAACAAUGCACAUCAAAAGUCCAUUAUACCCUUCAUGAGUGGGACAACCAGUGCAACUGGGACUUUACAGAUUUUUACCCAGCUUGUAUACAUUGAAGUUUUUUAUUUAAGCUAUUUUUUGA